GCAGCUUUGUUGUACAAAGGAGUAGGUUCGCGCACUGACAGGAGGCUGCCAUCAGGUCAUCUGAGGUCCCACGCAGAGGCUGAUGUUCUUUACAUUGAUGAGAGACUAACGCACAGGGAUACACUCAAAAAAAAGGUAUUCUCCAUGUUCCUCGCUUCUUCCACUGCGACAGGCCAGGCAGGUACCAUGAUGCAGGAAUUGGAACAGGACCCGUUCCUCUGUCCUGAUUUGGGAGAGCUUCCAGAUGAUUUAUCUGAAUACCUAAAUGAGGACUGCCUGAAGACGAUCGACCCAGAUGUGCUCUUCGGCGAUCCAUGGUUCAACUAUGCUGAUGAACUAAAUACCUUUAGUGACGUUGGAAAGCCAACAGACCCACCGAGCCCUGACGGACCCCAGCAGAGACAGGAGGACAAACUAACAGACAAAACUAAUCACAGGAGAAAAAGACAAAGGGUUUCAAGGAUACAAAGGCGCACUGAUGAAAACACGCCAUCCAGGCCAAAAAGGCAAAGAGCAGCAGGUCGACCAAAAACCAAAGCGGUAGAGACUGAGUCAACUGUCAGCCAAGGAUCAGAGCCCAGUUCUCCAAAGUUAGCCAGUCACUCCACCACUCCACAGAGAGUCCUCCAUCUCCAACCUUCCAUUCGCUUUAUCACCAUCCCAGAGGCUCCUAGGUACCAUGUAGUUCAGACACUGAGUCUCUCACCUCCAGUUAUAGGACUGCCUAUCUCCAAUACAGCUGCUACCCCAACUUACGUAUUUGUUCCAGCUACUUCACCACCCUGCAAACGUAAAUUGCCACCCCUCUCUCCAGUGGACGGUGCUGUAGUACCAGUCCAAAUGAGCUCAUCCCCACCAGGAUCUCUGUCGGACACAGCAAGCAAAGCCAUGUCUUCCCCUGUUGCUUCACCCGUCACUCCCAGCAAUGAGUCUUCUAACUGCAACUUGUCUAACUGCAAGGAAGGAAGUCAACUACAAUCACCUCCUGUCCUUGAAAUUCCUGAGACUGUAAGAGAGUACAUUCAGGAAGCCAAAUCCCACAUGAACCAAACCUGCCAGGCUAUGGAAGAGGGCCUUAGCCUGACCUCCCAUUAUGUGGAUGUGAAAGUGAGUCAGAGAGAGAUUCUUUGUUCUGGAAAAAAUACAAACAAGUCCCUGGACAAGGAAAUGGUCCUCAUUGGAAACAUGGAUCAGAGAAAAAGCUUGAUGGGUUGUAGUCAGAUCUUCGAAGGCUUAAAUGGAAACAAAUGCUACAUAUUGCUACUUGGCAAUACUGGCAUGGGAAAAACAACCCUGAUCAGGAAACUGUGUCUUGACUGGUCCAGAGGCUGCAUCCCACAGUUUGACUUUGUCUUCUUGUUAGAUGGUAAAGCGCUAACUCUAAAGGAGCCCAACCAUAGCCUUCAGACUCUCUUGUUGAACUCCUCCUCCUUUGCCCCUUCCUGCAUGGACCCUGAGGCAGUGUACACCCAAAUACUUGCUGCUUCUAAGAGAGUGCUCAUCAUAUUUGAUGGGUUUGAUGAGGUGCGGGACUAUGAAACUUUACUCCAGACUCAGGAAAAGGACUUGAUGACAUCAUUGCAGAAAGACACCAAUGGACAGAUCUACACAAUAAGACAGUUAUACUCUGCCAUCCUCCAGAGGGUUCUUCUUCCAGGCUGUACUCUUCUUCUUUCAACCCGACCAAGAGGCACCGCCAACCAGUUACUCAGACGAACGGACAGCCUUGUGGAGAUGUAUGGCUUCAACCCCAAAGAUGUAGAGACAUAUUUGUCCCGGUACUUCACAGAUCCUGCCCUAAGAGAAUCUGCUUUGGACUACUUAAAAAAAUCAAGCUUUCUGCAUCUCCUCUGUUGGAACCCGGGACUAUGCCGGUUGGCCUGCUUGGUUUUAGAACAGGCCAAAAGCUUGGCCGAACUACCCAGAACUUUAACUGGACUCUGCCAUCAAGUGCUAUGUCAGAAAUUGGAAAGGGACAAUGGGAUCACUCAUUUAAAGACUGAAGUUCAAACAGAAAUAUCUGUGCCAUCGGUUGAAGAAUCCCAAACAUCCUCAAGUAGUUCCCACUCUAGGACAAAACCCAGAUCACAAGUUCGCACUCGCUCUCGCACCCAACCAGCAAGAAAGGCAACAAAACAGAAGAAAAAGGAGGAAGUUGAUGGAGAGGACGUGAGUGGUGUUGGAAGGGAUGCUAAUAGAAGAGAGAAGAGAGAGUUGCUGACCCAGUUGAGUUCUUUAGCUUGGGAGGGGGUCAAAGCAAACUCUUCCAUCCUCCCAGCAGGGCGGACCAUAUCUGACAAACUGAGGGCAUUAGGCCACAGGACUGGGCUCUUCCUCUCUUACCACCUGAGGAGGAGGCAAGUUGUCUCAAGUGAGGAAAGAGAGGAAAAAUCAAGAGGUGAAAAAAAAGGGGAAAAGAUGGAAAACAGAAGAAGAACAGAAAGUGGUGGCUCUGUUGCCCUUGACGAUCUCAUCCUGUUCUGGGCAAAUCCUUUCCUGCAGAGUUACUUGGCAGGAGUUCAUUUGUCUCUGUCAAGGACUGUAACGGACCGCAUUUUUCAGCAGAACCUACCUUUCCAAUCUGGUCCAAAGUGGCGUCGACGAUCUCACAGAGAGGAGCUUGAGCUAGCGCAACGGUUUACAGUUGGGCUUCUGUUUAACAACCGGACAGAGCUACAGAGACUUCACUCAUACACUGACACAGCUUCACGAGAUAUUGUGAACAGCAAGCAGGCUUUAUUAAGAACACACCUUGAAAGCCUCUCUCAUGAUGACCUGAGCCCUGCCCAGGUGCUAGAAGCUUGUCACCAUGUUUAUGAAGCAAGUUUUACCUGUAGUGAUGGUAACGUGGACAUUGCCAGCACGACAUUAGUUGCUCACCUUGCAGUGAAUCUUCCAGAAGUGGUUACAUUUCAUGGAGUUCCACUCAACCCAUCGGACGUGUUCACCGUGCAGAACGUUCUGGAUAGGGGUAGAUCUGAAGGGAGAAGUUUCUCUUUAGAUCUGGAGGAUUCUGUGUUACAGCUUUCUGGGCUGAGAGCUCUGGUGGCGCUCAACAACAUCAACACAUACAGGGCAAGCAUCGCUGAUGUCAUCACUUUAUGGGAGGAGCUAGAGCAGAGUGGUGAGGAAGAGCUCCUACAAGGGUCAGUUUCCAAGUUCAAGAUCCACCCUUUGAGAGCCACACAGGUGUGUCACAUAGAGCACCUGGCUAAGCUGGUGAACAUCCAUAUGCAAAAGAAGCUGUCAGACAGUUCCAGCCAAUCAUCUUCCAUCUUAUCAGAGGGAGUACCAGCUGUCAAAGAGCUACAAAAGCUGGAUUUUGAGCUUGGCCCAGAAAUGAGUUCCCUGGCUCUUCCCAAAUUGUGGGAGCUCCUACCCGGUCUACAAAACCUACAGCAUUUGGAUCUAGAGAACAGCAAAGUAGGGGACAAAGGAGCGGAGAAACUGGCUGACGUUUUAGUCUCACUCUGUAACCUGGAGAUACUCAAUCUGUCACAGAAUUGUAUAGGAGACCAAGGGGUGACCAAACUGCUACCAACCCUGAGAGAUCUGCCUAAACUGCACUGUUUAAGUCUCUACAGUAAUGUGAUUUCCGACAAAGGGGCAGAGAGUUUAGCAGUCAUCCUCCCACACAUGAGGUCCCUCAUAGAACUCGACGUGAAGUAUAACAAGCUAACAGAUGUUGGAGCACAGAGUCUGGGUGCGAGUCUGAGGAACUGUAAAAAAAUGAAAACUCUGAGGAUGUGGAACCAGUGUAUUCCAUAUGGAGUUUUCGAGUGGCUCCAGCAGCAGGACAACAGGAUCGAAUGGCAUUAGAACUCUGGACUGAAAUUUUCAUCAACACAGCCACACUGAUGUUAACACUACACUGUCACAAUAUGUUUUCUAUUACGGGUAUGCCUACGGUCUGAAAAGAAGGACCAUCGGAGUACAUUUAAACAAAAACCAACAUGGAUACUUCUUUGCUGCUCAACUGAACAAUUCUGAUUCAUCAGAUUAUUUUAU